AUGACCAAGCUGUACAACCUGGGCCUCAGGCCAGAUCUUCUGUUUCGAGCUCACCUGCAGAUUACGCUGAGAGACGGAGCUAAGAAGAGGUUCUCUUCGGCCGAGAAGGCUGCAGCCUCGGACCGACCUGACAUUCCUAAAGUUAUACGCAAUGUCAUGGCUAGCGUGGCUGGUAUAGGGGCUGGUGGCGGGCAGGCAAAGGAAAAGCGUACAUACUUCGUCCCCGUACUGGACUCAGACAAUCUGCAGUGUUUCUCGGACCAUCAGAAGUCCAGGAUUACAUUGCCAAAAAUAGACCAGUGCCAGUUGAAAACUCAUCCCCAUGAAAAGCCUGUGCAGCACAGAGAGUCGAAGGCACCUUGCCCAAAAGAGGAGAGGACAGACUUCAAGCCAAGCUUGGGUAAACAGCCACAGCAGAAACAUCGCUUCUUUAAGGGACUCAGAUUGCCCAUGUCCCCUGCAGAGGCGUUGAGGGCCUUUGGUCAUCACUUGACAGAGUUCGAGCGCGAGGAGAUAUUGGAUUAUUCAGAGAUCUGGUACCUCGGUCUGCAGUCCCCUAAGAUCAACAGUUCAAAGAGCUCCCCGCAAAACAAUGGCUAUGAUGACUCACAGACGUACUAUCUGCAGGUCCUCCAUGACCACAUUGCCUACCGUUUUGAGGUGUUGGACGUUUUGGGUCAAGGUAUCUAUGGGCAGGUACUAAAAUGCUGGGACCACAAGGAAGAGGAGUUUGUGGCUAUUAAGCUGCUGAGAAGCAAAAACUGCUUUUAUCAGUAUGGGAAGAAAGAGGUCAAGAUCCUAGAAGUCCUCCGAAAGACGGACAAAAUGAACGUCUACAAUGUCGUCCAUAUGAAGGAUAAUUUUUGCUUCCGGAAACAUUUGUGCAUCACCUUUGAACUGCUAGGAAUAACCCUGGAAGAGAAGAAAAGGGCCAACAAGCGCCUCAGCAUGUCAGAGGUGAGGAAGUACACCACCUCCCUCCUGAAGUGUCUCUCGCUGCUCAAGAAAGAGAAGAUCAUGCAUUGUGAUCUCAAACCGGAUAACAUUGUUCUGUCAAAUGAAAACCCAGACAGCCUCAAAGUGAUUGACUUUGGUUUAAGCUGCUAUGAGAAAGAUGCUAAAGGCAAUUCCCACAUCCAGGCUGUGCCCUAUUGCUCUCCAGAGGUGAUCCUGGGCCAUAUCUGUGGUGUUGCCAUUGAUAUGUGGAGUCUAGGCUGCAUCAUUUUUGAACUCUGCACUGGGCAUAUGCUUUUCCAGGGUUGGAACAAGGCAGAACAACUGUCUCUCAUGAUAGAGUGCAUUGACAUUGUUAUAUGUGUAUCAGACUCCAACGGCAUGCUGAUACAGAACAGUGAAAAGGAAAUUCAGCAGCCCAGAAGGGACGAUCUAGCCAGCAUGUUGAGGACCAAGGAUCCGCAUCUCCUGGACUUCAUUAAGCGCUGCUUGGAAUGGGACCCGAAAAAAAGGAUGAUGCCAGACGAGGCCAUGCAGCAUCCUUGGAUCUUGCAGCACAAGGAGAGCAGCAGAUCUCAUUUCAGCCUCAAAAGACGAGGCACAACAACAGAUGGUCAUCAGAAUACAGCUCCCCCAGAUUCCUCAGGCGGAGGAAGCGUCACUCAGGAGCUUCAGAUCAUCCAGGCCAAUGAGUGGCAGACCAAACAGAACAGCUGUUGA